GUCAAGAAGAAAUAUGAAUGGCCGCGCUACCGUUACGUAUGUCACGUGACAAUGUUCCAACUGAACAAACAGGGUGUCAUCGUGGCAGACCGGAGUCUCAAGUUCGCAGAGACGGACAACUACGCCGUCUGCUUGUUCCAGAAAAAAGAUUCCGUCCUGAUCAUGACUUUCUAUGGCAUUUUCCAGGAGUAG